AUGGGCAACAUCACUACGUACAACGCUUACGUCAUUACGUUCGAUGCAUGCGGGGAACCAGGAGAGCCAGGAGAGCCAGGGGAGAAGGGUGCCAGAGGCGAAGAAGGAGAAAUUGGUCAAAAGGGAGAGCCAGGGAUUGGUUUCCGGGGACCUGUUGGCCAGGCUGGACCUCCUGGGCACAAGGGUGAGCCCGGAGUCCCGGGCCCUCCAGGGGCACAAGGCAUCCAGGGUAUCCGUGGAAACCCCGGGACCCCCGGGUCGCAGGGGGAGAGAGGCGCCCCAGGCCCACCUGGAAUUCCGGGGCAAAAGGGGGAACAUGGCAAGAGAGGCAGGAAUGGUUCGGCUGGACCAAUAGGACCCCCCGGACACCCAGGAAAAGAGGGGAUGCCUGGUGUCCCUGGGAUCAAAGGCAGCAAGGGUGAGGCCGGGCUUGGCAGACUGGGUCCAAGGGGACCGCGGGGGCUUCCUGGGCCUCAGAGUCUUGGCUGCUAA